AUGGAGCUGCUGUCCAAUGCCCCGGUGCACCGCUCCGUGCCGGACAGGUACGUCUUCCCACCCGACAAGCGCCCCGCCCUGCUCUCCGACGACCACAGCCCAGACGUUGCCUUCCCGGUCAUCGAUCUACACGGCGGCCGCCUCCCCGUUUCCGACGAUCACCGUCACCAGGUUGCCGCCGAGAUCAUCCGGGCCGGCAAGGAGUAUGGCUUCUUCCAGGUGGUGAACCACGGCGUGGGGGAGGGUGUGGUGCGGGGGUUCCGGGAGGCGGCGGCGGAGUUCUUCGCGAUGCUGGCGGAGGACAAGCUCCCCUACUGCUCCUACGACAUGAGCAAGCGCUUCCGGCUCGCCACCAGCACCUCCUACGACCGCGGCGAGACCCUCUACUGGCGCGACUACAUCAAGUUCCGCUGCUACCCGGCCUCCAACGAGAACGCGCGCCACUGGCCGUCCAAGCCGCCGAACUUCACGCCAAGCCUCAUCGAGUACUCGGCGGCAGUGCACGAGCUGGCCCAGACCAUCCUCUGUCUGAUCGCUGAGGGGCUGGGCCUCGACGGCGGCUUCUUCGCCGGCGACCUCAGCGGCGGCGACACGCACAUGAGCGUCAACUACUACCCGCCGUGCCCUGACCCAACCGUCACGAUGGGCCUGCUCGCGCACUGCGACCGUCACCUCCUCACCGUGCUUUCCCAGGCUGAUGUCGCUGGGCUCCAGGCAAGGCACGGUGACAGGUGGCUCCUCGUCCACCCCAUCCCCGGCGCAUUCGUCGUCAACUUCGGCCACCAGAUGGAGAUCGUCACCAAUGGGGUGCUGGCCAGCGUGGAGCACCGCGCCGUCACCAACUCCGCUGUGGCGAGGAUGUCGGUGGCCACGCACGUGCACCCCACAGACGGGUGCCGCAUCAGACCGGCGUCAGAGAUGGUGCACGAGGCGAUGAAUCCAGCCAAGUACAGGGAAUUUGCUUUCAGCGAAUUCAUGGAGGCAUAUGACGCGGCCGACGCCAGCAGGGAGGAAGUGCUCCAGUCCUUCAAGAUCUGCCAUGACUAG